ACUUUGUUUACUUUAAUACAAGAUAAAAAAAACUUGUUUUUUCAAAAUCUCAUCAAAAUAUAUUAUUAAAAAUCUUUUUUAAAAUGUCUAAGCAAUAUGGACUCAUCAAACCUGACAAAUCGAAAAAGGAAACAACGAAAGUAAAAAACAUCUUUGGAGAUUCUUCUAGCGAUGAAGAUGCACCUGUUAAGAAGCCACGUACAAUUGAUUCUAGUGCUGUUCUCAAAAAGCAAGCGAUAAAACUUCAACAAGAAGCUCUUGCUGAGGAUCCCAAUAUUUUUCAAUACGAUGAAGUUUAUGAUGAAAUGGAGCAGAAAAGAAAAGAAGAGAAACUUGCAAAAAAGACUUCUGAUGCAAAAACACCCAAAUAUAUUGCAAAAUUACUUGAAACAGCUGAUAAACGUAAGAAGGAACAUGAAAGAAGAAUUGAAAGACAAGUUCAGAAAGAAAGAGAAGCUGAAGGAAACAUGUACAAAGACAAAGAAUCAUUUGUAACAAGUUCGUAUCGAAAGAAACUUGAAGAGAUGAAAGAAGCCGAAAAAGCUGAGGAACGUGAAGCUUACCUUGAAAAUAUUGGCGAUGUCACUAAACAACAAGAUUUGUCAGGAUUUUAUCGUCAUAUUUAUGAACAAAAAAUGGCCCCAGAAGAUGCAAAUAAAUCAAAAUCGAAGAUUGCAGCUGAUCCUGUCUCUGCUGAAUCUGGUAAAAAGAAAAAUUAUCGAAAGAGAAAAUCUUCUGCUGAUUUAAAUGAUGAUGAAAGUGACAAAGAUGAAGUUUCUGAAACAGCUCAAAAUGCAAAUGAUAAAAAAGCUCAUUUAUCGUGUAAUCUUGAUGCUGACAGCGACUUCAGUAUAGAUUCAAGUUCGAGUGAAGAUGAAAAUGACAAAAAAGAAACAAAUAAAAUUCAGAAACAAGAACCAGCUACAUUAAAAGAAGAAAAAGUAUCUGCAGAUAUGAAAAAUGAAGAAAAUGAACCAGAAUUAAAAAAAGAAGACGAAGCAGAACAAGAAUUAGCAGAACCUAAACAAAAAAUUGAUAUUUGGAAAAAGCGAACUGUUGGUGAAGUUUUUGAUGAAGCUCUUCAACGAUACUUCCAAAGAAAAGCUGAAAGAGAACGAGGAACUUUUUAA